CGAAAGAGUUCAUUAAGCCUUUUGGUUAUCGAGUCAUUAGAACUUAUCAAUUCUUGACUCGGUUAUUUCGGUUACGAUUUUGUACGGGAUCGGUUUAUUUGAGAGGGACCUUCUGAGCUAUCGAGAGGGUUCGACGAUGAACUCGAUAUCCGACGUGAAUCGGAAUCUGCCGGCGAAACUCAAAAUCAUGGGCGUAAAUCAAUCCUAAAAAUCCGAAUCGGAGACGACGACCCAGAUAGAUUGUUGUCAGGUAUUAGCUAUGCAGACACUGAGGUGGCCAUCGAGAGAGCACAGUUUCAUUCAAUUCCUGCUCAUCUCUGCUUUUGUAUUUGGAGUUUAUAGUGCUGCAGCUGUUCCCGUCCCCGAUUCCAACUGCUACGCUCUUGACAAUUCAAGUCGUCUUGUCGAUUUUAGCAGCUGGAUCGGUCAUCCAUUUGAAUAUGAUGGCAAGGAGUUUGAUUUGGUGGUUAGAUUUUGCAAGGAUGUGGAAACGAGAGGGCAGGCGGGAUAUGUUGAUUUCGGACGAUAUGACCCGUUAAGCUACUUUGUUUCUAGUUCUGGAAAGUUCGAUUUCGUCCAAGGUUUUUACCACGGUGACCUGUCAAAUUGUGAGCUGAGUUAUGACAAACUUGGACGUACAGCACAGGUCAAUAUUAUUUGUGGGAACUGUGUUGAUGGACGCUGUAAAGGUGGACUUGGAUGCAUAUGUAGUGUCACCCAAGAUUCAACUUGCAGAGUUACUGUCGAGUUGGCUAUUCCGUGUGAGAAACCUGGCCCGAAAGUGUUUAAGGGAUUCACGGUCGGUUUGCAUCCUCGUUCAUGGGAAAUUAUUUAUAAUGGGAUGACGCAGUUUGGAUUUGAGAAGCCUCACCGUGAGUUUAGCUUCAAGACGGAGCAGACUCAUCUUACGCUCUAUAUGACUGCAAUCGCUUCUCUUUCAACAUUGGUAGGGAAACCAAUCAUCAAGGUUUUCCCAGAGAAUGGCCUUAACGUUCAGAUAUCUGGUUCUUCAUUGAUUGAGAAGCAUCCAACAACGUUAUCACCUUCAACUCUAGUGCUGGAUUGGAAUUGUGAGAAAUCUCGUCGAACUCCAUAUGAAGUGAACGUGACCAUCCCAGUGGAUGGUUAUGAUCCAGUUCAGUUUUUCCUCACAAAACUCUGCGAGUACAACCAAGGCAAUGAAGGAGGAUCAGCUAAAGGAUGGGCUAUAUUCGGGGUUUUCUCCUGCGUAUUCGUUGUUGCAUCUACACUUUUCUGCUGCGGAGGAUUUAUUUACAAAACGAGAGUAGAACGCGUGCGUGGGGUUGAUGCAUUGCCAGGGAUGUCACUUCUAUCGGGCUUACUAGAAACUGUGAGUGGAAGUGGACAAAGAUACUCAAGAACCGAAGACAUCAACAAUGCUUUUGCUAAUGAAGUCUCAUGGGAUCGGUCUUCCGCGUCUUCUACUCAAUCACCAACGCAGAGGCCGAGUGAUAGAACAUAUGGUGCGAUCUAAACUGUUAAUUACGCUGCGAGAGGUUCUGUCUCAAUCUAUAAUGAUUCAUGUGUUAUGGUAGAAGAAGACAAAAAUAAAAAGACUUCCUUUCGUUGCUUUGGUUACAAGAACAAGAGCGUGUUCACAAGUCAACAAAGCUUGAAACUUUGACAGAUUUUUAUUGUCAAAAGAGUAGUUAGAAUCUCUUCCUACUCUCUUCUCUUUCUCACUACAACAAAAGUCUUCGACUUUGUCUCGGCGAACAUAUUUUUAUGUAUAUUAACCAAGUCCUUUGCAAAAGUAAUAUUAUUUCUUUUCCAUUCUUCUUUUAGAUUUAGUUAAAUCUAGGCAAUAUAUUGCUUUCUUUUCUUUUGAAGACAUGACUAUUC